AUGAAGCCAGGGCGUGCGAGAACGCUGCCACUGCCGCUGCCGGUGUCGGUGCUGCCGGUGUUUCUUUCGCUCGUGGUGUUUGUGCUCAGCGGCGUGAACGAUGCAGUGUCCAACACCAGUGGGGUUGCUGCAGCUGCCUCUGCCGUUGACUUGUGCGACGCGAGCUUCCUCAACCAGAGUGGGUACACAAUUCCAGCGUCGCAGCUUGGUAACGCAGAGCAGCUGCACACGUAUGAGGAAGACAUUGGCCGACAGGUUGUGGACAUCCACUUUUCGCCUGUGAAGUUUCCGGUCAGCGUGACGUUCGUGCUGCUCGUGCUCCUCUGCAUGCGCGUGCUCUUCCACGACCUCAAGCUCAACAGGUUCAUUCCAGACUCCAUUGCCACCAUCUUCUUGGGCAUCAUCAUCGGCUUCUACCUCAAAUCCCAGAACAUCGAGAGCUUUCGGUUUGACAGUCACACGUUCUUCAUCUUCCUGCUGCCUUGGAUCGUGCUUGAGGAUGGCUAUUUCUCCAACCUGCACCGCUUCCUCUCCAACCUGUCCACCAUCUUGCUCUUCGCUGUCGUCGGCACCGCUGCCUCCACCUUUGCCAUCGGCUACCUCGCAUAUGGCGUGGCAGACGGAACGGGCGUGUUCCUCCCAGCAACCGAAGGUUCGCUUGUGUUUGGCGCGCUGAUCAGUGCUGUGGACCCUGUGGCCGUGCUGGCCGUGUUUGAGGAGAUUGGUGUGCAGCAGAAGCUCUUCAACGUUGUUGCCGGCGAAAGCAUCAUCAACGAUGCCAUGUCCAUCGUCCUCUACAGAAUCUUUGUAGCGCUGGCAUACUCGAGUGCACGCCCUGACAAGCACCUUCAUGCUGGCGAGGCUGUUGGUAUUGGCAUUGCAGAAUUCCUGGUCACUUUCGGAGGCGGCGUGCUGCUUGGCGGCAUCGGCGGCCUGCUUGCGUCGCUCCUAAUCAUGCUGACGCCAACGCUGCCCACCGUCGGGCCCAUCAUCAUCGUGGGCAUUGGGUACAUCACAUAUCUCACCGCAGAGAUCUUCCACUUUUCCGGAAUCAUCUCCAUCCUCGUCGCCGGCAUGGUCAUGCAGCGCUAUGCGUCUGGUAAUUUGAAGACGCACGCGCGCACGGGAUUGCAGUACAUUCUGAAGAUUGCAGCGUCCCUGGCGGAAUCCAUCGUGUUUGUCGUGCUGGGCACUGAGCUGGUGCUGUCGAUUGAGAGCGGCUGGGACACCGCGUUUGCCUUCUCCAUGAUCUUUGGCGUGCUGCUCGUGCGCUGCGUACUGAUUGUGGCGCUGUGCGAGUUGUCAAAUCUCUUUGGCGGCAAGCGCAUCUCCUUCAAGUCGCAGUUCAUCAUUGGUUAUGGCGGGCUCCGUGGCGCCGUCGCCUUUGCGCUCGCUGUUGUUCUCCUCGACGACAGACAGCUGUGCGACGAGGAUGGUGCGCCCUUCCCGCCAUUUCGCACGCGGAAUCUCAUCGUCUCCACCACCAUUGGCAUCGUCAUGUUCACGACCAUUGUUCAGGGCCUGACAAUCAAGCCCAUAUUGAAACUGCUGCACAUCCCACUUCGCAAGCCCGACGCAAGCACCGAGGGCAAGAAGACGUUCAUGGCGAUUGUGGACCUCACCGUCCACCACGCCGCCUCCGCUGCCAUCCUCAUCAAUGGCAUUUCCCCGGAGAACGUGUUCUGGGUGAUGGGCGAGAAGAUUGACGAGCAUUUGCUCAACUUCUUCCAGGACCGAAACCGCCUGGCGCCAAAGGCCGUAUUCGACUACAUUGAGGAGGACAUCCAUUGCACAGCGCGAUCGAUGGUGACGGCAAUGCGUGUGAGCGCGCGUCGCAUCCGCGAUGACACGUCGCUGUCAUCGGAGGCCAAAGCUGCGGAAAUGCACCGAACAGUGCAACACCACCUGACGCAGGCAACGGGGCGCUUGCGUGAUCGCGUUUCAAAGGCGUUUACAUCCGGUGCCAUGCAAGAAGAAUACGACCGCCACCACCGCGGGCGAAGGUACCAGAACCUGCUCAAGCAGCGCGCGCAGCUUGUGCGGCAAAAACGUUUUGACGAGGAGGACUGGGCGCACCAUCAGCGAAACGCGUUCAGACAGGCUGCCCACCACCGGCGAAGGGUGGACGAGCCAGACCGCAUGCCAAGCAUCACGCGUCGCCCACACUCUUACGAGCUGGACUGCGUGCAUCCUGACAGUCACGGCAACGCUGGCCGGUGGCACCGUCUACUGCGGCGUGGGCACGAGUGGACGAAGCAGAUGGCUGCGGAGAACACGGGGAGUGCGGCGGCAUCAACAGCAUCAGCAGCAGCGGCAGUAAGGAGGCGACGAAGAAAGGGCGGCGAAGGAGGACGAGGACGAGGAGGAGGCGGGGAUGCACAACUGUGCGACCGAACAGAGAGCGAGCCGCGACCAGGUGCCGGCACGUCCGUUGGACUGCCAACACGCGCGCCAAGCAGCGGUUCGCGGGAUGUUCAUGGUCGCGGCAAUGGGGGCCUGCUGUCGUCGUGGUUCCGGCGGCUCAGUGGACGUUCAACGCCGUCGCCGCUGCUGUCACCAAAGGCGGCGUCGACCCCUGCUGCUCCCCUCGCGCCACUCAGCCCAACGAGCAGCGAUGGGCAUGAUGGACACGGUGGCGUGGACGGCGGUGAUGGCCAGGGGAGGCGGCACGAGCAACAGCGCGAUUUGCGAUUGAGUGAUGGUGAUGAUGAUGGCACAGCGCGGAAGCAGCUGGGGCAGUCCUCAACACAAACAAAGGGAGUUCAGGUGUCGGAAGAAGGCGAGGGCACCAGCAGUGCUGAAGUGCGAGGCCGGGCCGGUGGACGCGGCGGUGCUGGCGGUGGCGGCGCACGUGGCUCGCUCUCCGUGCGGGGCAUGACGAGUGUGUCAAGUGAGCGGCUGGCAGCGAGCGAACCGAGUGUGGAGGAUGAGGAGAUGGAGCGAAGGUCAGGGGCUGGACUGCCGCUGUACUCGCUGGAGGACGACCGGAUCAUGACGCCGUCGUCAGCACGAAGCAGCAGUGAGGUGGCAACAGCGGCAGCCCGCAGCGUUGGCGAUGAUGGUGAUGGUGAUGGUGGUGGUGGUCAGAAGCGUAGGGCUGGGCGAUGGAGUGGUGGGGAGCGGGAUGAGCGGUAUUGCUACUACGCACAGAACCGUGGGCGAAAAGGGAUCAGCAACACGGAGGAAGAGGAGGAGUGGAAGCAGCACGAGGGAGAGGAGCACGUGCGGGUAAAGGAGGCGGGAGAGGGGGGCGGCGGCCGAACAGAACGUCGUGGUGAAGGGGCCGAGCACGUUACCGACGGCGAUGAAGAGGAGGGAGAGGAGGGGGAGGAGGGAGAGGAGGGAGAGGAGGGAGAACAGGACGUUGGUGGUGGUGGUGGAAAGACGCGUGACACGAAGCAGGGCAAGGACAAGAAAGCAGCAAGAAGAAGAACGAGAAGACGAAAGCGAAGCACAGCAACACGCAGCAGAAGAGGGAGUGAGUGGGGCUACGACAGCCUGUAUGCGCCGGAACUGGUUGCAGAGGAGAUGACAGACCUCGCUUUUCGACCAACAGCGUCGUGGCCCCUCACGACAUCGCAGCAGCAGGCGGAGGCAGUGGAGGAUCGUGCUGGCCGCGGUGAGCACCGACCGCGCAGUGCAGAACGACGCAGGGGGAGAGGCUCGAGCCGCAAUGGCAUGCAUUGGAUGGGCAGUGACGCGCUGGCGCGGUGUGGUGAUGGUAGUCGUGGUGAUCGUGAUGGUGAUGGUGGUGGUGAUGACUCGAAGGGGCAGGGAGGCAGCGUAGGCGAAGGCGUGAGUGCUCGGGAACGAGGGGAGCAACCCGUGACGGCGAGAGGAGAGAGGGAGACACGGCGCAGUGGUGCUGGUGAUCAGGGUACACGGGGUGGCAGUGAUGAUAACGAUCAUCAUCACGACAACCACGACCAUGACGGGGAAGGUGGCUCAUCUGGUUCAGAUGAUGCCAUUGUGUUUAUCGUGUGA